AUGCCUGAAUCGUGUGAUGAAAUAGUCAUUGAUGGAAUUCCAGUGAAGGAAAUCAACCUCCAGGAAACUCGACGAUGUAUAUCCGUCCUUGGUCAAAGUCCAGUACUGUUUAAUGGAUCACUGAGGAAAAAUCUGGAUCUUGUUGAGCAGUUUACAGAUGCAGAUUUAUGGCAAGUUCUACAAGAUGUGCAACUGAAAGAAUCAGUGAAAAGUCUUCACGGGCAACUUGAUCACGAACUGUUGGAAAAUGGUGCAAAUAUCAGUGUUGGAGAACGACAGUUGAUUUGUUUGGCUCGUGUGCUGUUGCAACGAAACAAGAUCAUCGUCUUGGAUGAACCUACUGCAAAUGUAGAUCCAGAAACAGAAAAAACAAUCUUGGGCGUAGUGCGUGAAAAACUGAGAGACUCUACGGUCAUCACUAUAGCUCAUCGAUUGAACACCAUCAAAGACUGUGAUAAAAUUUUACUUUUGAAACAUGGAACGGUAGCAGAGUUCGACAAAUUUGACACUUUGGUGAACACAGAAGAAAGUGAGUUGCGUGAAAUGGCGCGAAUUGCAAGUUCCAAAACAACGUAA